AUGGCUCCCUCUCUAAGUCUCUCACUCGGGCUUGUUUCCGUCCUCCUGGUAGUCAAAUCUUCUGCUUCGCUCUCUGAUUAUGCUCCCAAUGUUACUGCGUGCCCCGAUAUCUCUCUCGUGCGCACAUUUACUCCGACAUCGCAAAUACUCAACCCGUCCGAGCUCAGCUUUGUGGCUGGCAGGGAAAGCUCUAUCAUUCCUCAAAGCUGGCAAUCCUGGCUAGGGAAUGGUUCCGAAAUCGGGUACAACACAAGCGCAUUCUUUGAGUUCGCAAGAGUCGGAUUAGCUUUUUCCGGUGGAGGUUACAGAGCAAGCCAAUUUGGAGCCGGCGUAAUAUCUGCUCUUGAUGCUCGCAAUUCCACGGCGGUUGCAGCAGGAACCGGAGGCUUGCUACAAGUCGCAACGUAUCUGAGCGGGUUGUCGGGAGGCUCUUGGCUUACUGCCGGUCUAUAUAUGAACGACUUUCCGAUGGUCCAAGACAUGGUACUCGGCUCGCAACCUGGGUGGCUUUUGCAAGAGGACUUGCUCGAUCCCGAUGGAUCUCUCGGAAUAGUGGAUGUCUUGGAAUACUUCGAUGCCAUUGAUCAAAGCGUAGAUGCCAAAGCAGCUGCGGGAUUCAAUGUCACGAUCGGCGACGCUUGGGCCAGAGCGCUUUCAUAUCAUUUUUUGACCGGAACUGAUCUCUCCAAUUUCUUCGACACAUCUUCUCAUGGUGCCGGCCAACUGUGGUCACAGAUAGCAAGCGCGAUCUUCUUCACAAAUCAUCAGGCUCCAUUCCCAUUAGUGGUUCUCAAUAGUAACGGCACGUUCGACCUUACAACAGAGUCAAUUCCCCUUGAUUCCCCUGUUUACGAGGUCUCGCCCUUCGAAUUUACCUCAUUCGAUCCCGACAUCUCAGCUGCGGCAGAGCUGUCAUACAUUGGCACAUCAUUGUUCGCAGGUGUCCCAGUCGACAAUGCUUCAUGUGUUACCGGCUUCGACCAAGCAGGUUUCGUGAUUGGUACCAGUUCCAAUAUCUUUGCAGUGAGUUGGGAACAAUUGUAUUCAACGCUGUCCGCGGGUGAUACAGAGGUAGAACUUGUACAAGCGCUACUCGGAGAACCCAUUGAGGGAGAGAGUCCUGGGGAUGCAGCUGUGUCUAAAUGGCCAAACCCAUUUUGGGGGAUGGCUCCUUCGAAUGUCGCCGCGACCAACGCAGAAUUACAGCUGAUUGACGGUGGUUCCAACGGAGAGAACAUACCCCUCAAUCCUUUGCUCGUGAAAGCACGGGAAGUGGAUGUCAUCAUAGCCGUAGAUGGCAGCUCGGAUACCGACGACAACUGGCCCAACGGACUAGCUCUUCUAUUCAGCGCAGAACGACUUUCUACAUUACUUGGCGACUCUCAUCAACAACUGCCAGAAUUACCCUCUUCCACUGAUGACUUUAUAGCUCAAGGUCUUAACUUAAGACCAACAUUUUUCGGCUGCAACUCCACGGAUGUUCCUUUGAUCAUCUAUUUACCCAAUUCUCCACCGCUUACAGGGGAUGCUCCUUUCUGCAACGCACCUACAACCCAGCUCCAGUUUGAAACAAGCGAAACGCAGACCAUUUUGGACCAAACUUACAUUAAUACCAUUGGAGGUUUCGUUCCCAACACUAAUCUCCCCGACCCCAACUGGGGUCGGUGUCUGCAAUGCGCUACAGUUGAUCGUUCGAGGUUGAAGGCUACACCAAUAAUUGAUCGGUCUGCAUUUUGCACGACGUGCUUUACUCAAUAUUGCUAUGACCCAGCGAAUAUAACUAACAGCUCGGAGCUGCCGAAUCGCAACUUGACAUAUGCAGGUCCUGCGGUAUCGUUGUUGUAG